GGGUUGGUGUAAGAGAGUCUGAGGCGGGGGGGCUGGGCUGGUUCCCCUUCAAUUGACAUCAUCAACCAGAAGACCAGAGUUACCUGGUUACUGAUUACGUGUCAUUUUAUAGUUUUCUUGUGAUAAGGCUUGGCUAUAAGCACAAAGUCCUGCCAGGUACUAGAGUCCUGCACACCACCCACCCUUCUCUGGUCGGCUGCUCAGGUCGUGUUGUUGUUCCGUCUCUGCGCGCGUUCAGCUCCAAACAUCAGCAUCAUGAGUGUCGAGUCCAAAAAGCCGCGUGAGGCCUGCUGCUCCAAGUUGAAGCUCUUCCUGGUCUCACUGUCAUUCGUCUUCUUCGCCAAAGCCUUUGGCGGUGCUUAUAUGAAAAGCUCCAUCACCCAGAUCGAGAGGCGCUUUGACAUACCCAGCUCCCUCAUCGGAGUGAUCGAUGGCAGCUUCGAAAUGGGUAACCUCUUGGUGAUCGCUUUUGUGAGCUACUUUGGCGCCAAGCUGCACCGCCCGAGACUGAUCGGUGUCGGAUGUUUGAUCAUGGCUGCAGGGUCUUUUCUGACAGCGCUGCCACAUUUCUUCCAAGGCCCGUAUAAAUAUGAAACCAGUGUUGCUCACACCCUCCAGGACAAUGACACCUUGGGCAUCGUUCCAUGUUUGUCCAAACACAGCAUCACCGACGACACACAUGACUCCAUCAGCAAAAAAGAUUGUGAAAAGGCCGCCGGCUCUUCCAUGUGGAUAUACGUGUUCAUUGGGAACAUGCUGCGAGGGAUUGGAGAGACUCCCAUCAUGCCCCUGGGCGUGUCUUACCUGGAUGACUUUUCCAGAGAAGAGAACACUCCAAUGUAUUUGGCUUGCAUCCAGACGGUCGGAAUUCUGGGCCCCAUGUUUGGUUUCAUGCUGGGCUCCGUCCUCGCCAAGAUCUACGUCGACGUUGGAUUUGUGGAUUUAGACAGUGUGACCAUCAACUACACGGACUCUCGCUGGGUCGGAGCCUGGUGGCUGGGCUUCAUAGUGACCGGCUCAGUCGUCCUGCUGGCAGGUAUCCCCUUCUGGUUCCUGCCCAAGUCCUUGCCGAAGCAAGGCGAGGAGGAAUGUAAAAGCACUGAGCUCUCCACGGUGGCAGAGCAGGAGAACUUUCUUCCAGACGAAAAGGAAGAUGACCACGCCAAAGAAAAGGAGGUCACCUUCCAGCAGUUGGUAAAAGACUUCAUACCCUCCCUGAAGAGACUCUUCAAGAACAGCAUCUUCUCCAUGAUCAUUCUCACCUACCUUGUGGCCGUAAACGGCUUCAUUGGAAUGAUCACGUUCAAGCCCAAGUUCUUGGAACAAGUCUACGGUCAAUCUGCCUCCAAAGCCAUCUUCCUCAUUGGUAUCCUGAACCUACCAGCUGUGGCUUUAGGCGUCAUCACUGGAGGUUUUGUUAUGAAGCGUUUCAAGCUGGGAGCCAUUGGUGCGGCCCGCAUGGCGAUGACUGCCUCCUUGGGAUCCUUUUGCCUUCUCUGUGUUCAAGUCUUUCUCAACUGUGACAAUGCCGAGGUUGCUGGUCUUACAGUCACAUAUCAGGGUACUCCUGACGUGUCCUACAAUCACCAAACAUUGCUCUCACAAUGCAACAUGGGUUGUUCCUGCUCGCUGAAACACUGGGACCCAGUAUGUUCGUCCUCCGGCAUCACGUACGCCUCGCCCUGCCUGGCCGGCUGUCGCACCUCCACAGGGGUUGGCAAGGAAAUGACAUUCCACAACUGUACCUGCGUCAAAGAACUGACUAAUCCCAGCAAGAACAUGUCGGCAGUGUUGGGUCAGUGCCCGAGACAGAGCAACUGUGACCGGAUCUUCAAAAUCUACAUGGCUUUGUCAGUCGUGGGCUCCUUCAUUUCUGCCUGUGGAGGAACACCAGGGUACAUUGUCAUGCUCAGGUCCAUAGAGAAAGACCUGAAGUCACUGGCUUUGGGCAUGCAGACGUUGAUUGUACGAACUUUGGGUGGAAUCCCUCCUCCCAUAUAUUUUGGAGCCCUGAUUGACCGGACGUGUCUGAAGUGGGGCACCAAGCAGUGCGGCGGCCGUGGGGCCUGUCGACUUUAUGAUGCGCAUACAUUCAGAUACACCUUCAUGGGCUUGAUCUCCUCCUUCUAUUUCAUUUCCAACAUGCUUUGGGUCGUCCUCUACUUCCUAAUUGUCAAGAGGCACAAGAGGUCAGCACUAAAGGAUCAGGCCAAGGAGAAUGGUCAUGAGGUCAAAGCAGCCAAUGGACAUGCCAGCAUCAAAAUCUUCAAAGACAAAGAGGAUGCAGACCGGGAGAGUACUAUUUAACUUGUGUACAGUGAGAACAUUUCAGAACAAGUUGUUUGCCUGUACUGUGACCCUGGCCAGGUGUGAAUAGAAACAUUUUCCCUGCCAACAGGAGCUUGAAAACGGAAACAUGUAUGUCAGGUCAUUUUGACAUUCCGUUACGUUGCUAAUAAACACUGAAUAAGUGACUCCAUGUAUUAAACAUGGGGAGCUAUUGAUUCAUGAAUUCAUUGUCGAUAGUUGCUAGAGAGCUUGGCAGGGAUUAUUGGUGUCCUGCAAGAUUAGUGAGACAAAGUGUUUUGUAAGCAAAUAUAGUACUCGUGAUUUUAAUACGGUGAAGUUUUUGGAGCUAUGUAGCAGAACAAGUACUUUUGCAAUUUCUGUUCUUGUUCCUGAACACUGCUCAUAAACUGGAUGUUUAAUAUUCUCAAAGUGAUACGUUUAACAAAUAAUCACAACAUUUGUCAUACAGAAUAUUGGGUUAUGCAACAGGGCAUGUUUUUAAGUGGUAUCCUUCAGUAAUUAAUAAUUGUUACAUUUUAAUUAUUGCAACCUAUAGAACAUCGUCUUGUCAGUAUUUUAUGGAGCAUUUUUAGAUUGAGGAAAAAUUGUAUGGUUGAGUUAAGGCAAAAGAGAAAAUGGAAAUGUUUCCUUUUUUUUCCACUUUAUUAUUGUGUUACUCUCAACGUUACCCCUCUUCUUUGUAUCAAUGAGUUGCAACUUUUCAUGCUACAACAUCCAUUUUUGUAGCUCUGAAUUUGUGUUUUCUAUUUUUUUAUUCAUUUGUUUUAAUUUUUUAUAAUGAUUUUAUCUGACAGUCACAGUGUUGAUUCAUUCAUAAACUGUUGGAAUGAAUAAAAAAAAUCUUCUAUUAGGAUACUGGUAGGAAGAUAGCUCUCUGAAAGUGGCUCAUCCACUUAUUUGUUACAGCAUGAUGUCAAACCCUCAAACUUUCCUCUGUCUAUAGCUGUGAAGUUUUGACUUGUGGGUGUAGGAAAAUGAUGUGUAAUGAUGUGUAAAUGAUGACCUCACUGUUUUUCUCAUGUAUGUUUGCUGUGAAGACAAUAAAGAGUUU